AUGGGGGUUCCGCCCUUGUCAAUCCAAUUGGCGUGGUUAGUUAGCUCUGCAGCCUGCUCCGGUGUGGCUGCUUGGAAGGUUGAGGUGGGAGACAGGGAUCUCGUGAAGCGAAAGCGCCUUGACAGUGUUGAAUAUCGAAUCAUCGCUUGGAAGAGGUCGUGCAGAUACCAUGGUCGAAUAAUCGAUCCCGGCGUGGAGAUCGAUAGAUCGUAUGCCAUGCCUCUUACGGAAAAGCGAGGUGUCUCGGACAGCACAAGGGAACGAGGAAGUUCUGUUGAAUGGCAAAAUGCCAUUCCAGAUCCCAGCUCCCAGCCUGUAGGAACACCAUUUUCAACGGCCAGACAGCAAGGAUUGGCGGUGAUGGCGGAGACACUAAAACAUAUCAAAGAUUUGGCGCCAGUUCACAAGACCAGAAAACUUGGCCAGGAUUGCAAGGUGCCGCAUCAAGUGGCAUAA